GGGAUCAGUGUGGGGAGGGUUCACUGACAGCUGUCAAAUAACAACACGCUUUGCAUUCUGCUUAUCUCCACAAUCAGCAUGAUGUCAGUGCUGAUAACAGUUGAGUUAACAUUUCCAAACUGCUGGACAAGCUUCAACAAUCAGACAGCCUCAGUGACAACAAUGUCACACCAGUAAACACCCAGAAUAUGCUGAUGCUCAGGUUAAACGAGGCUCAGCACAUGCCGCAGUAGUUAGACAAAGCAAUAGUGAUCACGCAGGUGAAUAGAAAUUUGAUGAUGGAUUCAUCCAGGAAGCCAGAGCAUCUCAAGGUGCUGCUAGUCACUGUUCUAAUAGCGUUAAUCUCCAUAUCAUUAUUCUCCCUGUGGAAGAACAUGUUGUGGCUGUACUUUUACAUAUUGUUAUCGAUAUCCUGUUGUUGCAUUGGUCCCCUGGUGCUUAUUCUUGUUCACAUUGCUCUGUCUCCGGAGCAUCAAACUGGCGCUGGUACGUCCAAAACUAUUGUUGAGAUGGAUACAUUUAGGACAAUGUUGAUGAAAGGAUACGAGCCAAAGCUAUCCUCGAGUCGUCGUCCAAACAAAUACCCAGUAGUAUUCUCAAGGCCAGUGGACGGUUCCCUGCAGAAUCUCCUAGACCUAGCAUUUCGUGAUUUCGUCGGCUGUUGGCUCGACGAGCUGGCCUUCUGCCCGGACCAGACAGUCGAUAGUAUGAAGCAAGACGUCUGGGGGGCCAUUCAAAGUCUCCACGAGCGUCUCUCUCGAGUGGACCACACAAAACUCAUGGCCUCCAGUAUCGUAAACAAAGUCACCUUCCACUUCGAGAAGAUUAGAAUAGCCCAGGCGGCCGCAACCGAGGGAGAAGAUCCAGUCUUCAUUCUCUCAUCCCACCUGAUGUCAAAGACGUCUGAACUCGAGUACCUGCGACGUGUGAGUGAGCUCCUCAUAAUGUUUUUCCUCCCGAGAAGUUACUCCCUAUCGCCUGCCAAAUACCUAUUACGCGAGAUUAUCACAAGUAAAAUAAUGAAACCUGCAAUAGAUCUGAUAACAGAUCCGGACUACAUAAAUCAAAAAAUAUUGCUGUACAUUGAGCAGCAGCAGCAGGCAGAGGCCAUGCACAGGAAGACCUACGAAUACGCCGAGUCCUUCGAGGAUUUUAUCAGAAUGAUCAAGGGUUCUAGGGACUUGGAAGUACUGAAACAUAUUCGCUAUAACAUUGUCACGGAGAUUAUGCAGGCAACGACGAUACAGAAUGUCAAGAGGUCCCAAGGGCUCGACCUGGAGAGUAACACAUUCGGAAAAGCAGACGCUGUACAGGCGAAAAAACUCAAGCGCUACAUAAGUCAGUUGACUUACGCCAAGAACACCUGUGAAGUUCACAUGCAGAGUCUGGGAUGGGAUGGCUAUCGAGUCCAGGAGGCCGAAGAGGUGGAUGCAGCAGUGGGGACAGAAGGCAGAGUUCUCCCUCUGCAAAUCAUUCUGGACAACGUGACUGGUCGCAGACAUUUAUCAGCAUUUCUCGAGCAAGUGGCCAGCCAGGGUCUGUUGGGGUACUGGGCAGCAGUUCAAGAGCUAAGGAGCGCCGAGAGGACCAACUGGCAUCAGCUGGGGGCCGAAAUCUUCUACACGUACAUCAGAUCCCCAACCGCAGAGAUCAAAGUCGACAAGAAUGUGAGGAAACGAAUGGAGGCUUUUCUCUUGGGGGACAAAGGUCCUGAUGUCUUCUACGAGGUGCAGGAGGAUGUCGUGAAGACCCUCGAGGAGAAGUACUACCCCUCCUUCCUAGUCAGCGAGCAAUACAAAAAAAUGCAGGAGGCGUUGCUGAGUGAGAGGGCCGAUGGUAUGGCUGGGGAUGAUCGUAUUCAGACGGCGGAGGGUACCAUGCUCGAGACAACAUCUCUCCUCGUUGGUGAACACUCGAAUUAUGCGCGCAGUAAGUUGGACCAGUUGCAGGAAAAGUUGAAUAACAAGAUGCAAGCCCUUCAAGCAUUGAAAUCAUCCCUCAAGCCUGAAAGCCGAGUACUGAGUAUCCUUGCUAAAGAGGUGGAGUGGCUGCAGGGUGAGAAACGCCAGCUGGAGGCACACUUGACACACACAGAGAUGUGGGCAGAGCAUUUGGGAAAGUGGAGGGCCGAUGUCCAGAGUGCAGAGACCCCGGACAAUGGUGAUCCACCGCAAUUUAUCAUUGUCGUGCACAUGGCGCAGGAGGAGGGGAACGAUGAGAGCAUUUCCACCGGUUGGGUGGUUUUCAGAAAGCUGACGGAGUUCCAGGAGCUACACAGGAAGCUGCGACAGCUCUGCUCGAACGUCAGAACUCUCGAGCUGCCAUCGCAGCCGCUCAAGUUUUUCGGAAAAACUGACAAGAAUUCACUGGACAAAGCGAAAAAUCAAACGCAGAAGUAUUUAAAUUUUGUUCUUGAAGACGAACGUCUCAAUCAGAGUGAAGCGCUCUACGCUUUCCUGAGUCCCAGCUCGGAGCACCUCAAGCACACAGCGCCCUCGCCCAAAAAAUCGCGGUUUUCAUUGUCAACUCUGUUUAAGAGUAAUUCCGGGGGCAGUGGGGACUCGCGCGAUAAGGAGGAUGAAGAGGAGUACUCUCUUCUGCUGGACGACAAUGAAGCGGGAAGAUCCAGUGCUGAUGCCAUAUUGGGACCUGGAAAGGACGCCAUUGCUGAGCCACUGUACGCUCUUCUGGGGGAGGUCUUCGAUCUAAGGGGCGUAUUCAGGUGGCUCAGAAGGUCACUCAUCACUUUCGUGCAGAUCACCUACGGCAGAACCAUCAACAGACAAGUGAGGGAAACUGUUGCGUGGCUUUUCUCUGAACCAAUGCUACAUUAUUACAUUCAACUGUUCACCAAGUCCUGGUGGCCCAAUGGACAGCUCGCCCCCAACCCCUCAGCGAGGACUGACGAGGAGAAGUUGAGGACGAGAGGGGAGGCUAGGAGACAGUUUCUCAGUAAUUUACCAGAAGUCCUCGCUAGUCUUGUUGGGGCGGAGAGCUCCCAGAGGGGAGCCACGAAGGUCUUUGACACUCUUCAGAAUGUUAAUCUCAAUAAGCAGUUAUUUUAUGACAUUUUCGAGGUGCUCAUGUACGAAAUCUUUCCUGAACUCCAACGUCAAUGAGUUUUAUCCCACUUCAAGGGGCCCUAAAAUCUUACAGGGAUUAAAUGUACCAAGUUAUGAUGUGAAUACGAGCUCUCUAAUGCUCC